AUGGCGAAAGAUCAAGAGAAUGGUGCAAGUGAUUCAGCAGUCAAUACUUCGGACCGUCCAAAAUGCUUCAGCAGCACAUUUCAAGAAGUUCUCUUCGUCUUAACUGCCACGAUGGCCAUUGGCCAGCAGUCAUUCUUCCAGGGCUGUAUUGUGGGAGUAACCGCAUCGAUUGGCAAGGAUUUACAUAUGAAUUCCGCUGAAAUCACCUGGAUCAAUGCCGGUGCUUCCCUUACAAGCGGCGCCUUCCUACUCACCUUCGGAAAGCUAGCCGACAUGUUCGGCCGCAAAGUCCUCUUUAUAAUCGGUAUGGGCGGUUUCACCAUCUCCCUACUCAUCGCCGGCUUUGCAACAAACGCCAUCUACAUGGAUGUCUUCUCUGGAAUUUUAGGUUUAUUCGCAGCUGCCGUCGUCCCACCCGCUGUCGGAGCUCUAGGCGCUACUUACGAGAAACCCUCAAAACGCAAGAAUCUUGCCUUUGCCUGCUUCAGCGCGGGAAAUCCGCUGGGCUUUGUCGGCGGCAUGAUCAUCUCCGGUGUCGCGGCGCAUUUGUAUAACUGGCGUGCUUCUUUCUGGGCUCUUGCUGUUGUCUAUGCUAUCUUUACCGUUUUGACCGUUUGGACAGUGCCGGCUGAUGGGUUUGCUAGAACGCCUUUGAGUGUUCAGGCUUUGAAGCAGUUUGAUCUUCUUGGGAUGGGGUUGGUUGUUGUUGGGUUUGCAUUCUUUUCGAGCUCGCUUUCGCUGGCUGCAGAUGCUCCAGAUGGCUGGAAAACGGGAUACGUCCUUGCUCUGUUUAUUGUGGGAUUUUUCCUGCUCGUGGUGUUUCUGUAUUGGCAGUCCGUUGCUACAAACCCUCUGAUGCCUCUUUGGGUCUGGCGAGAUCGUAACUUCUCUCUUCUCAUUGGAACGUGCUCCCUUGGCUUCAUGGGUUUCUCGGCCGUCAGCUUCUUCCUUUCCCUCUACCUUCAAAACCUGAAGCAUCUAUCUGCCCUUGAGAUUACUGUCCAGCUACUCCCAAUGGUUGUCAGCGGAGUGUUGGUCAAUGUUGUCUGUGGUCUGGUCCUGCACCGCAUAAGCAACAAAAUAUUAACCGGCAUUGGAGCACUGGGGUAUACAGCCUCAUUUCUUAUCCUGGGCUUCAUGAAGCAGGAAGCUAGCUACUGGGCAUUUGUUUUCCCGGGGCUAGUUCUUGUCGUUGUUGGUGCUGACAUUCAAUUCAACGUCACAAAUAUGUACGUGAUGUCCACCCUUCCGCCAUCCCAGCAAUCCAUCGCCGGCGGCAUCUUCAACACCGUCAUCAAGUUGUGCAGCAACCUGGGCGUUGGUAUUGCUACUUCCGUGGAGAGCUCGGUCGCUCUUCGUAUGACCCCCUCCUCGCCUGCAAUUCGGCCAUACCUCUCAGUUUAUUGGUUUGCGGCUGCGGCUUCGGGGGUAUCUUUACUUUUGGUACCGUUCUUGACACUUGGUAAACAGGGCAACUCUGUCCCGCAAAAUGAGCAGUUGGUUCCCGAAGAGGAGGUUAGCGAGAAGACAGCUGUUACUCCUAAUACGGAUUCUGUUAUUUCUUCUACUGUUGAUAUCACCGAGCACGAGAAGAGGUAG